UAUCGAUGGAACCAGCGGCUAUUGCACAUCCUUAGCCCAUAGAUACAAGGAAGGGCGGAUAGAGCGAAGAAACAUCAAUGUAUGUGGACAUCGAUGUCUUUGGCGGAAAACAUCGAUGACGCCCUGGCAAACAUCGAUAUUACCGAUGUUGUUAAAUCAUCGAUGACAUCGAUGUCAGCAUGGAAGUUUCAUCACCUCUAGCGGAUCGUCUCGCGUUCGAAAUUGCACGCACUGCAGCAUAAAUAUUUAAAAUAAAUAUUUAAAUAACCACUGGAAACAUGCAGUUGCACAAGCGAAGAGCCAAGCAAAAAUAUGGCCAGCGAAUUAUGUCAUAAUUGUGAAAGUGUUUCAAGUGCACUGCAACGGCAGCCACAGCAACAACAACAAAAACUGCACGCAUGUGAAAAAGGAGUGCGAGUGUGAAGAAAAAAAAUCAAUUGAAAAGAAAAUUGCAUUUUCGCUGCCGCGGCCGAAACGAAAAUAAGUGAAAGAAAAUAUAUAUAUUUAUAUACAUAUAGAUAUAAAGUGCGUUCGGGGUGUGUGCGUGUGUGUAAGGAAAGGAGGAAGAAGCAGCAGCAGCAGAAAUAGCAAAAGGAGACAACAACAAAAGCGAGAGAAAACCGCCAGCAACAACAACAAUAACAACCAGCAGCCCCCUAAUAAAGAGCAGAGAAAAAAAUGAGUUCAAGUUGUGAAAGCAGAAUAGAAUGGGUAGAAAUCAUCGAGCCACGCACCAAGGACCACAUGUAUGCCAAUCUCACCACAGGCGAAUGUGUUUGGGAUCCACCAGAAGAUGUGCCAAUUAAGCGGACCGACUCAUCGCAGUGGUGGGAACUGUUUGAUACGAAUACCCAGCGAUUCUACUACUACAAUGCGGCCACGCAGAAGACCGUGUGGCACCGGCCGAGCAAGUGCGACAUCAUUCCGCUGGCCAAGCUGCAGACGCUCAAGCAGAACACCGAUCCCAGCGAGCGUCGUGAGCAGACAACGCCCCAAAAGCAACAGCAGGUGCAGCAACAGCAGCAGGUGCAACAUCCUCCCCAGCAGCAGCAACAACCCUCACCCAUGUCGGGGCCAAACAAAAAGGGACGUGGCCAGCAGCGGAUCAGUGGAGGCAAUGGUAUGGUGGCCAGCUCCGAGGAGAAGCUAACCAGCAGCGAAGUGAUCUCUAGUCCACGUGGCCGUCAAAGCUUUCGCGUUGGCACGGGUGAGUCAUCCCGCUCGAUGGAAAUGCAGCAGCAUCCACAGGGCUAUGCCUCAAGGCGUUCGCAAGACUCCUGCAAUCAGUACAAGGAAUCGGGCAAGUCCAGCGACUCGAGUCUGUCCAGUGCGCAUGGCUAUAGGCGCUUCAAUGACGGCGGCGUUCCGGGGUCAGGACAUCCGGAUAGCCUGCGCCUGGGGUCCCUGCAGAAGCAUCAGCGGGGCAGUGGCAAGGAUAAUGGAGCUUUUGAGAUGUUGCAAGAGAGCACCAGUUCGCAUAAUUUACCGCAUGGCAGCACCUCCACAUCCUCAUCCUACGCCGGUGGCAGUGGCUAUGGGGACAAGUAUUUUGAUCAUCAGCUGCUGCCCAACCACCUGCAGGGCUACUCCUCCAAGUCGUCGGACAUCGCCUCGCCCACGCACUCUAUUCACACGCCUCAAUCGCAGAAGAAGAAGAUGUCGCCGGAUGCAGCGCCCGCUGCCCAAUUCAACUACGCACAACAGCAACAUCAGCAAAGGAACGCACAACGAAGUGGCGGAGGAAGUGGUGGCGGCGGAGUACCAGUGGCCAAGUCCUACGGAGGCGAUCGCGAGUACAAGGUGUCGCUGGCCCGCUCGGGCAGUUUCAUGUCCUCAUCCAUUAAUCCCGCCGCCGCCGGUCAUCACAGCAAAUCCUACCGCAAGAGCAGCGCUGAAGCAGCGAACGGAGGUGCCGCCAGCGAUGACUCCAUGCACGAGAAAUACUUCAAGUCGGUGGAAAACACACCGCUCUCUCGCCGCCGUCACACCACUAAUGCCACCAAAAGUGGAGGAGGACCGGGUGGAGGUGGGGCAAGUGGCAGCAACACAGCCACUAGCACGGCGGGCAGCGGCAGCAGCAGCCAUAAAAAGCACUCGAGCGACUCAAGUCCGCAGAGUCCGAUCAGUCCGCAGACGAAGAGCUCGCGCCAGGCUAAGACGAGUGCCACCAGUGCUCUGCCCCAGUUGCAACAUUCUCCACGACUGCAGGAGCCGAGUCACAGCAUUGAUUUCCUGAGUCUGGAAAGGAUCUCACUGGGCAAGGCGGGACCCAUCUCGCCGGGUGGUGGUACAGAGAACAUUGGCCUGCUGACGCACUCAUCUCGCGGCUCCAACGACUCUGCCCGCCAGCGUCAGAAGUCCAACAACUCCACCGCGAAUCGUUCGCAGUCGCAUCAUUACCCCGGGCAGAGUUCUUUGCGGCAUAGUGCUAGUUCCAGUCUGGACAAACGUGGCUACCAUGUGGGAGGAGGCAGUGGUGAUGGAAGAGGCGGAGCAGGCGGCGAAAAGCGGCGCUCAAAACAGCAUCAGUACCAGCAGCACCCUGACAGCGAUGUUGAGUACGACAAUGGGAAUAUAUCGCCCCUGUAUACUAACUGGGACAAGGAGAUGUCCCACCUGUUGCCCCUCAAGCACUACAUUAUCGAGCAGGCCAAGCUGUCUGGUCGCUACGAGUACCGUGGUGGCGAUGGCGGCGAUUCGGAUUCGUACCAUUCGGACAGCCAAUCGGAGCACUCACUUUCAGGCCACGAGCCGGACAACGAGGACUCUGACGGGGGAUCUGAUACACAUGGCGGGUAUCUGGAGCACAACUACGGCAUGAUUGACGACUACGCCAAUAUGGGUGACAGCGUCUCCUACUAUGCGUACAUGUGUCCGCCGCACGAUCCCGCCGGAAGGGAAGACAUCUCCGACAACGUGGAGGCUGUGCUGGAGGGGAUUGGCGGCAAUGUGAUGGAACCUUCGGCGCCAACCGCCACCGUUCCUAAGCCAAAGCCCCGUUACCAGAGUUCUUACUACGAUACCGUAUCUCAUAGUCCCUCAGCCGGCAGCGGCUAUCAUGGUCAGCAGCUUUACUCCAAUACGCCGCCCUUUUCCGGGCAUGGCCAUGGUCAUCACGUUCCGCCACCGGCACUGCCUCACCAACAGCAGCUGCACCUGGAACCGAGCGACGCCAAACAGAAGCAGUCACAGACCCUGCCUUCUCCCAACCGACAGAUUUCGCGCCUGGCCGGCGCCGGUCACCAAGGACCAUCGGUGCCAGCUGCAUCAGCCAAAGAAGAGACCGGCCAUGGACACGGUCACAGUCUCGCUGCCGGUCAACAGCAGGCUGCGGGAGGAAGCGUAACGCUAGCCAGUCUUUCUCGGCCUGGUCACAAGAUGGCUCCGCCCUCGCUGAAACCCACCAUCCAGCAGAUCUUUCCACCCAGCGAACGGGCGCCGGGUAUGGGAGGUAUGGGACUGGGUGGACCCACGUUGGCUUGCAUGAAGGAAUGUGAUAUCGAAAAGUUCGCUGCCGACAAUCUGAAUCUGCACUCUAAGGGGAUCUUCCGAAAGAAGGCAUCUGUGCGCGACAUGCUCAGUUGGACGGCGGAGGCGAUAAGCCGGCCCAUGUUGGCUUUGUCCCGAGACAAGGCAGACAAGAAGACGGCAAUCGAGCUGUUCAAGCUAGUGCAGAUCUACAUGGCUGAUCGCAAGGCGCGUAUGGGCAUGACUCUAAAUUCGGUGGCCAUAGAAAUCAUCAGUGCAUCUUUACCGCAGCAGCAACUAAGAGAUGAGCUGUAUGUUCAGCUAUGUCGCCAAACAACGGAGAAUCCCAAGCGAGAAUCGCUCAUCCGGGGCUGGGAGUUGAUGGCCAUCUGUCUGUCCUAUGUACCUCCUUCGCCCACGUUUCAACCGACGCUGCUCAACUAUGUCAAUCGUCAUCGCGACCCCUCGUUUGCCACUGGUUUCAUGGAGGUGAGCAAGUGGCCCAUUCAUGUGCAGAUCUCGCACUAUGCCACAGUGUGCUGUCGCCGCUUGGAUCGCAUCGGCAGCAGUGGACGACGUCUGGCCAAAAAACCCACCGUCGAUGAGGUGGAACAGGCGCGGCAACAAAUCCUGAGAAACAGCAUGUUCGGGAACACGCUGUCUGAGGUAAUGGAGCUCCAAAAAGAUAAGUUUCCAUUCCGCAAGCUGCCCUGGAUACAGACCACCCUUUCAGAGCAUGUUCUGCUACUCAAUGGAAAGCAGACUGAGGGAAUCUUUCGCGUCUCCGCGGAUGUUGAUGAAGUCAAUUGCAUGAAGAAUCGCCUGGAUCGGUGGGAUGUUCCUGAUUUAAACAACUCAUUGGUUGAUGCACAUGCGCCAGCCAGUCUGCUUAAGCUGUGGUACCGAGAACUCUAUGAUCCGCUCAUACCGGAUGCCUACUACGAGGAUUGCGUUAACACCGAGGAUCCCGACAAAGCCAAAGAAAUAGUUAAUAAGUUGCCCGAAAUAAAUCAGCUGGUUCUAACGUAUCUAAUACAUUUCCUGCAACAAUUUUCCAUAUCCGAUGUGGUGAGCUGCACCAAGAUGGACUCCUCAAAUCUAGCCAUGGUGUUUGCACCCAACUGCCUGCGCUGCACGUCUGAGGAUCCCAAAGUGAUUUUGGAGAACGCGCGCAAAGAGAUGUCCUUUAUGCGCACUCUUAUCCAGCACAUGGAUACGACGCAUUUGGCCAAAAUAGUCUAAUGGAUUGUUGGCCAACCGCAAUUAGCAACUACCUACCUACCAACCUACCAAUAUGUAAACGUUAUUAACCUAUCCUAACUUACUACCUACCAAAUCUAACUUAAACUCAAUUUCUAUUUAUACAAAAGAUUAUGAUGAAGAGCGAUGAAUCUUAACUCCUACUUUAACUUUAACUCGUUUUGCUACUCGAAUUUUUUUACUAAUUGCUACCAAAACCGAAAGUCUAUGGAUUUAAUUUUAUUUCGUAAUGUUUAGGAGCUUGUUAAGAACAAUGGCAACAACCACAAAUACUCGAAGAACUUGUAACUCGUAGUGCUUUUUCAAACCAAAAAUAACUGAAAGAUGAAUCCAAAACUGAAAACUCAAUGUGUGCAUGCCUAGUUAUGUGUCAAAUUGUAGUUCAAUUAAUUUAUUUUGCAUUUUAACCGUUGUUUUUCUUUAAAUGGAAUUUAAAUCAAAGCAAGCAAGCAAAUACUCAAAGAAACUCUUAACUCUCAAAUAAUGCAAAGCAAAGCAAACCUUGAACAACUUCUUGCGAAGCCUAUAAAUAGUUAUUAAAUAAAGCUAACGAUAAAUUAAAUUAAACUCUAUAUAUUAUUAUGUAAACUGUAUGAAAAAGGAAGAUCAAGAAGGAGAAUCGAGAUAGAUAUGUGAAUCAAAUGCAAUAAGAGGUCAAUGAUGGAACUGCUUAUUAAUUACUUGCAGCCAACGUAGUGCUAUAUACAAAAUAUUUAUUCAUUUGCAUAAAUAAAAGAAACAAAAUAAACUAACAAACCAAUGUUAAAAUCCAAUGCAAUUUCAUGGAGAACAAGUCAACUGAAAAUAUAUAAAUAUGUAUUGAAAACCGCAACUUUCGAAGGUGAUCAAAUAAAGUUAUACAUGUAAAACAGAA